UCAUCUUUAUCAGGUUCAGUGUAAGGUUGUCUGAAGUCUACUUUCAGUUUGUGUCUGUGUGUUUUCUGUUGUAGUGAAUAGAUUUUUUUCAUCUGUAUUUUGAGCGCACCUGCAGGGUUUUAUUAUCAUCUCUGAAGGUUUCAUCAGUGUGAGAUGAGCGUUCCUCUGCUGAAGGUCGGUGCCGUGUUGAGCACCAUGAUCAUGAUCACUAACUGGAUGUCCCAGAAACUGCCGACACUGGUGGGACUUCAUCAAGACGUCGCUCGACCUGGAACAUCUGAGAAGAUCAUCAGUGUGUUAUAUCCAGGUGAAGAUGAUGGUUGGCAGGUGUAUGGCUCUGUUCAGGAGAAGUGUGUUUGUUCUAUACUCACACCGGCUCAGGGUGUCUGCAGCAGUGACCCACGAUACGCCCGUCUGAGACAGACAUCUGAUCAUGUGCAGAAUGUUUCUCAGUAUAUUGAGAUGUUUAAUUCACGAACAUCUCAAGAUCUUCAGCAACUACGAGACUCCGAGAUGCUCCUCAUCAGCAUGGAGACCAGACUGAAGACAGCCCUUAAUAACCCACAAAGUCUGACAACUACGAGUCUGCAGGAGUUGAGGUGGAGUAUGUCUCAGUUUGGACCCGUGCGGGUGGUUUUAGGACGGAUCUGGGCAGAUGUGGGUCAGUUAGAGUCUCUGAAAGAUGAGAUGGAGAAACUCAAGGGCGCGCUCUUCAUCCUGCAGGAAAGGUUUACAUUACAACACUAUCAUCAGCUUCAACACAAAGCUUUAACACUUCAACACAACCUACAGACCUGCUCCAGACGACUGGGUUGUGGUAGAUUGACAGGUAUCAGCGCUCCUCUCACUGUCAGGUCUUUAGGCUCACGCUUUGGAUCUUGGAUGAUGGACAGCUUGAUUGACAGCUCUGACAGCCGUGUGUGGGUAAUGGAGGGUUAUUUUAAGGGGAAGCGUCUGGUGGAGUAUCAGUCACUCAGUGAUUUUGCUGAUGGACAGAACUUCAUCAUUCAUCAUCUUCCUCAGCCGUGGUCAGGUACAGGUCAUGUGGUGUAUAACGGCUCUCUGUACUACAACAAACAUCACAGUAACGUGCUGGUCCGGUAUCACUUGAGCUCUGGACGGGUUUUGGUCCAGCGGAGUCUGGAUCAGGCCGGAUACAAUAACUCUUUCCCGUACUCCUGGGGCGGAUCGUCAGACAUCGACCUCAUGGCGGACGAGACCGGUCUGUGGGUGGUCUACACAACUCUUCCCAACGGGGGGAACGUGGUGAUCGGUCGCCUUGAUCCCAAUACUCUGGAGGUGGAGCGCUCGUGGGAUACCGGAUUUCCUAAACGCAGCGCCGGAGAAUCGUUCCUGAUCUGUGAAACUCUGUACGUGACCAACUCGCACCUGGCCGGCGCUAAAGUUCACUUCAGCUACCACACCAGCACAUCCUCGUACGAAUACACCGACAUCGCGUUUCAUAACCAGUACUCGCACAUCUCCAUGCUGGAUUAUAACCCCAGGAUAAGAGCGCUUUUCACCUGGAAUAACGGUCACCAGGUCAUCUAUGACAUCACUCUGCUGCACUUCAUCAGGACAUCAAGAGACACCUGGACAACAAAGACAACAGACAGAAAUAUAACCAACUUCAUAUUAUAGAAGAAAAACAUCAUGCAGAUGAGAGAGAGAGAGAGAGUAAAUCAAUGUUAAUGACUUUAUUUUUAACGUUUCUUUUUCUGUAAAAACCCAAGAGAUGUUCAGCAUGAGAUGUUUGGCCUGCUUAUCUUCACACAAUGAAAGCAAACAGACGGUCAAGCUCCAAAAACAACACAACGGCACCAUGAAAAUAUCAUAACAACAGGCCAGAGGAUUCUAAAGCAAUCUUUCAUUCAACUACAAUUCUUUACAAAUUAUGAAACACACACACACACACACACACACACACACACACACACACACAGAUUAAAUGAAUAUAAAGUCCUUUACGUUCCGGUCUGUUAAAAUGCUUGAUGUUUUUUCUCUUUUUAUUGAUGGACUUUUUAUUAAUGAAUAAUAUGAAAGUGAUGCAUGCAUUUCAUUUUAAACUUUAACAUACUGCUAAAAAAAUGUGGAAAUGCAAGUGUUGUGAAUGUACUUCUGUGUUUAAGUAAGAUUAAAUUGAAGAGAAAAACAGUAUAAUAAAUGAUGAAUAAAAGUAUGGGCUGUACUAAA